UUAUUAACUUCCGUGAUUAUAAGUAUUUUUAAAUUGAUUUAUUUGUAAUUCUGUGAUUAUUAUGAUAGCAUAUGUAAAUUGCAACCUGAGAUUCAGAAAAGGAUGUACGGCUGGGCCCUUUGCUGAAUUUGUUUAGGCAAUGGCUUAUUGUAGUGUUGGGUGGGAUAAAAAUUGGUUCUUUUGGUGAUCUCAUGCUGAUUUUUGUUGAUAAAUAGUUUUAGUUUUGAAGAUUUUAAUCAAAAUGGUGUUUUGUUAAUCGUCUUAACUUCAAAUCCGCAAAGUUGACAUUAGGGGUUGUGCCUGAUGAGAAUACAUGAAGUCUAAUAAACAUUCAGCUGUGAGUUAUUAUCGGAAAAUUAGCCCCAUGAUUCGCGCUGAAGGAGAUGAAAAAGUUCGAGCAGGAGAAAAUUGUUUUGCUGUCGAUGGAAGCACUGAUUUCCGAGAUUCUGGUACUGUGAAUGCUCGAACAUUGAAGAGAGCGUCUCCAUUUAAGUCUUCUGAUGUUGAAGCAUGUAAUGGGAAGGCCGUGAGAAGGAGAAUAAUGGAGAAAAAUGAUGAGAGCCAAGUAGUAAUAUCGGGGUGCUCAUCCACAUUGUGGAGAAAGGUAAAUGCCACGGAAGAAUGUCGCGGUAAAUUAUGCAUGCAAACUUCUUCUAGGGAAGCAUCGGCCUAUUGUGUUAAGGCUUUCCAUGCAAGAAGGUUGCAGUUGAAUGAUUCCGACAUUGACGAAUGUUCUGUCGGUAGCUGCAGUGUUGUUAGUAGCAGUCGAAGUAAACUAUGUAGCCGUUAUGCGGAGACUCUAAGUAGCGAAGCUAAAUCCUUUUAUGGACGUGGAGACGAGGAAGAAAAAUGUAUGAUCUCCUUAGGGGAGAAUGUAGCAGCAAGAAUUCAUAGAUUAGAGUUGCAUGCUUAUCGUUGCACUCUUGAGGCAUUGUAUGCUUGUGGACCCUUAAAUUGGGAACAAGAAGCAAUGUUAACAAAUCUCCGGAUCUCACUUAAUAUUUCAAAUGAUGAACAUUUGAUGGAACUACGGAACUUGAUAUCAUCUGGAGUAAGCAUUUACUGUAGGUAGCUGUUAAUCAAGAUCUCUGCUCCCUUGUGCAAUUUUCUUCCGGGGUAUUUUAAUACAUCAUGGCCUCGUAUCGUGUAAGUAGCAGGAUGAAAUGCAACCUCUUGGAGCUAUAUUACAAUUGUUUGAACUGCGUUACUGAUUUAGGCAAUAAAGAUUUUGUAUUUGAAAGCUAUGUAAGGAUUGUUGAGUAAAUAUUCCCAUUUUGUUUAUAGUGUUCAACAUUCAUGCUCCCUGCAA